AUGAGGAGGACGCCCAAAAAUACACGGGUUUCUAGUGACCCAGUUCAACAUUAUGACACAGCCCCUCCUGACUGCCAACAGCUCAUCCGUUCCCCAACCUUCCCCCAUCCCCCAUCCCACCCAUCUACCAACCUUUGUCAGCUCUCCCCACCCAUCCUCCAACAUUCUCCAGUUCUCACCCUUACUCUAACAUUCUCCAUCUUUCCCCCACCUCUCCACCGGCAUCUCCAGUUCUCCCCCAAUCCUCCAGCUCCCUCCCCCUUCCUCCAACAUCUCCAGCUCUCAUCCCUCCACCUAUCUUUGCCAGCUCCUCCCCACUCUUCCUCCAACAUUCUCCACUUUCACCCUCCUCCAACAUCUCCAGCUACCCCCUACUCUCCACUCCAACAUUCUCCAAGCUCCCCCUACCUCUCCCCCAACAUUCUCCAGUUCCCUCCUCACUCUUCCUCCAAUAUUCUCCAGCUCUCCUCCACCUCUCCACCAACAUUCUCCAACUCCCUCCCCACCAACCUCUCCAUCCCCUUCACUUAA